AUGGGUAUUGCCGACCUCUGGCCGAUAGUAAGCCCAGCUUGUGAUGAAAGAGUGCCUUUUCCUGUGUUUUUAUCACAUUUUAUAAAUGAGCACGCUCGUCCGCCACGUUUGGCCAUAGAUGCCUAUAUGUUCAUGUUUUGGUCCCAACUUCCUGAUGCCGAAGAUGCAACUAGCCAUCGGCGCAUCAUCCGUAACUUCAUGGCAAAACUUUGGUAUUUGGUGCGGAACAACGUUCUGUUCGUGGUCGUUUUCGAUGGAAAAUAUAAACCUGGCAAACUUCGACACGGCCACAUUCCUCAUAUCUCGAAUUCGGUAUCUUAUGAUGAGGUUCUUCGAUAUUUCCGGACCAUCCCCUCUUCGGAUUACAGUGAAAGUCUGUCCUUGGUGGAACAGAUCAAGGACAUUCUUCAGAGAAACUGCAUUGAUUUUGUACAAGCCCCAGCAGAAGCAGAGGCCGAGUGUGCGUGGCUCCAAAGAUUGGGCAUCGUGGAUUACGUUGUGUCUGACGACUCAGAUACCUUGGUUUUUGGAGCAUCACAAAUGCUCCGUAUGUUUAAUCGUGUGAAGUAUUUUGAUGAAGAUAAUAAGCCUGUGCUUAGCUCAACAGAUUAUUAUGUAACCCCAGUGAACAUGGACCACAUUACUGAACGUACAGGACUUUCGAAGGAGCGUUUACUUUUAGUGGCUGUCUUACGAGGAGGGGAUUACUCGUCUGGAACAGAGGGUAUUGGAAUUACGCGAGCCAAAGAAAUUGCUCUUUGUGGCACAACUUUGCUUCAGGACUCCCCACGUAAGAAGACGCAGGAUUUCGGAGCACUACCAGAUUUUUCUCAGAUGUUAACAGAGGCUCUUGUGGAUUUGGAUAAAAUGCUGGCACAUCUGCCUGAUCCCUACUAUGCCCUAAAGUCAGAGCUCGAUCGCGCGGAGGCUCUACUGGCGUUCAAUACCUUUUUAGAUGACUACUUGCGCAAACUGGCGAAAAAUAUUUUUGGAAGGAUGGCAACAAUGAAAAGUAAAGUGUAUGUGGACGACUACUACGCACUUUUAUAUUUCUUUCCCUUGAUCAAUCAUCGACUUUUCAAGUUUACUCCAUACUCUGUGAGUUUUGGGGAGCUCCAAGCAAUUCAAGCAGACUUGUUCGUCAACGUUGACUGUGAGGUGAAGAGAGUGAAUUACAACUGCUCUGCUACACUGAUUGGAAUACUGAGAGUGUACAAUGGUAAGCAAUCUUUUCUUGGUACUGGGCGGGCCCAGAACUUGCAGAAGGAAAGCUUUGCAUUGCCUAGAGAAAGAAAGCUCAACCUAAAAGCAUUUGUGGUGAAAUUACUCGCCGAAAAACAAUAUCAUGAGCACAUUGAACUCGUGAGAACAAAACUUUUACACACCACGCUAAUAGCAGUACUUCACUUCAAUAGUCAGAAGUUGAACUCAGCUGUUUACUUCACGAAAGGUAAGUGCGGAACUGAAAUAGAUGUUGACCAAUUUUCCGAUGAGGAAAUUCUGGAGUCUAAAACAACUCUACCAGCAGUGGAUUCCACCGAUGAGAAGCGUAUGAGCGUAGAAGUACCGUUAAAUGUCGUGAGGCUAGUUGCGCCCACCUUUGUGAGCGAAUUUGAAAGGCUGGCUUCACCCAAAAAAUCACCGAAGAAGAAACCACCUCCUCAAAAAACCACCCUAGAUCUGAUUUGGCCUGGUAUGCUGCCCACCAAAUCAUCCAAUAUACCUUCCACAAAGAUUAAGAAAUCAAACAGCUUUUCAGCUAUACCUGCAUCAGAUAUUCCAAGUUUUGUCUCUUCGAAAGCGUCCCCAACGAAACAGCAAUCGCCUUUGAAGGGCCACACUUCCCCCACCAAGAACGGCCGUCGCUCGAAAGAUAUUCUUCUCCCAGGACAAACAAAAGUCACUUCUUUUUUUAGACCGAAAGGUUUGGAGAACCCUUUUCUGCAAAAUCUUUUUGUCGUUUCUGAUGAUGAUUCAGAUGGAGAAACGAAGAGUUCCCACAAAGAGGCGCAUGAUUUCAUCCAUAUGAAAAAUGUACUCUCUAGAAACCCUGUUCAGUUAAAGCCUAGGGAAACAACGAAAAUGCCGAUCUAUUCUAGAGUUAGCUCUCCCGAACUGAGCCCCACAAAAAAAAUACGUAGUGGUUUAGGAUCUGCUGAUUUCUCUCCAGUUAAGUCAACCACAGAACCACAGGACUACUUUCCCCCAGUAUAA